AGCAAAAGUUUGACAAAGUCCAGGAUAGAUGGGGUAAGUGUAGUGGGAGCCAUGUGGCGUCUUUAAUUACAGAUAAACUAAUGAACACACCAAAAAAGAUUCAUCAAGAUCUUUUCAAAUCGUCAGACGUCACAUCCCAUCUUAAAAUCUGAUAACCGAAAACUUGUUCAAGCUUCGUCUUCCCCCAAUCACUUUUCUUCUUCCUCAGUUUCUGGGUUUCAUCAGAGAAAGAGAGAACGAGUCAGAGACCCAGAAACCCAUCAUCUUAAUUUGACUUUCUGGACUCUCUCUCUCUCUCUCUCUCUCUCUCUCUUGUUUGAUGGGUGAAGAGAUAAUCCAAAACGAUGAAAACAGCGCAAAGACAAAACCAAGUCCAAAACUAACACUCUUGCCUCUUGUAUUCCUCAUCUUCUAUGAAGUCUCUGGCGGCCCUUUUGGUGUGGAAGACUCUGUCAAAUCAGGUGGUGGUCCUCUCUUAGCCCUUCUAGGCUUCCUUAUCUUCCCUCUGAUCUGGAGCAUACCCGAAGCUCUAGUCACAGCCGAGCUCGCCACAAGCUUCCCGGAGAACGGAGGCUACGUGGUCUGGAUCUCUUCAGCGUUUGGCCCCUUCUGGGGGUUCCAGGAAGGGUUCUGGAAGUGGUUCAGUGGCGUUAUGGACAAUGCUCUCUACCCUGUGCUGUUCCUUGAUUACUUGAAACAUUCUUUCCCUGUUUUGGACCAAGCAGCUGCUCGUGUUCCUGCUCUGUUAGUCCUCACGUUCUCGCUGACCUACUUGAACUACAGAGGGUUGCAUAUCAUUGGCUUCUCAGCUGUUCUGCUAGCUGUCUUCUCCCUCUGCCCUUUCGUUGUGAUGGCUUUGCUAGCGGUUCCUAGGAUCAGUCCUAAGCGUUGGUUGUUUGUGGAUUUCAAGAAAGUUAACUGGAGAGGCUACUUCAACACCAUGUUUUGGAAUCUGAACUAUUGGGACAAGGCUAGUACUCUUGCUGGGGAAGUUGAGUCCCCCGGGAAGACGUUUCCGAAGGCUUUGUUUGGAGCUGUUUUGCUGGUUAUGGGAUCUUAUUUGAUUCCCUUGAUGGCGGGGACUGGAGCUUUAAGCGAGUCUUCUUCAGGUGAGUGGAGUGAUGGGUAUUUUUCUGAGGUUGGGAUGCUUAUUGGUGGCGUUUGGCUCAAGGGUUGGAUACAAGCUGCUUCUGCUAUGUCGAAUCUUGGACUGUUUGAAGCUGAGAUGAGUAGUGAUGCUUUUCAGCUUCUUGGUAUGAGUGAGAUGGGGAUGCUCCCUGCGUUUUUCGCCCAGAGGUCAAAGUAUGGGACACCGACGAUUAGUAUUCUGUGCUCAGCGACAGGAGUCAUAUUCUUGUCAUGGAUGAGCUUUCAAGAGAUCAUUGAAUUUCUGAAUUUUUUAUACGCGUUAGGAAUGCUUCUUGAAUUCGCAGCCUUCGUGAAGCUAAGGAUCAAGAAGCCGGAUCUUAACCGACCUUACAGAGUUCCCUUAAACACCUUUGGAACUUUGAUGCUAUGUCUGCCUCCUUCUUUGCUUCUCCUCCUUGUGAUGGUUUUGGCCACCGUGAAGACGUUUUUUGUCAGCGGUGUGAUUAUUGUUGUUGGGUUCUGCUUGCACCCGUUCUUAAAAAUCGUGAAGGAGAAACGAUGGGCGAGAUUCAUACCAGAGGAAACAAGACCAGUUUUAGAAGUUCCAUCCGAGUCUCAGUUGGAUGAAGAACAUGGAGAUGAGUCUUCUGCUAGCCUUCUCCCAUGAACUUUACACACACAAAGACAGAUCAACGGAAACUCGGUGAUUCUUGGACAUGUCUAAAAAAGAGACAUGGACUUGUGUAGUUUAUUUCUGUCUUGUUCAGCAUAUGGUUUAGAGUACACAAACGAAAAAAGUGUAGCAACAGACCAACAGUAAGGUGUCUCAGUCGAUUUGUCUAUGAUUACAGUAUGAUUAUGUAUAUAUAAAUGUAUACAUCAUAAUCAUUAUCUGCUA